AUGGUGAACUGGUACUAUCUCUCCUCUUUCGUCCUCUCUGCUGUCAUACUCCAUACGAAGCCGUGGCGUUUGGGCCGACGGGAGAAGAACCUACCUCCUGGCCCUCCAACGCAAUUCUUUAUCGGAAAUGCUGCCCAGUACCCGAAAGUCUUCCCAUACUUCAAAUUUGUCGAAUGGGCAAAGACUUACGGCGAUGUCUUCUCACUCAAGAUAUUGAACAACACAAUCAUAGUAAUAAACAGCGCGGCCGCAGUCAAGGAGAUCCUCGACAAGCAGGGCGUUCUAACUGGGAAUCGCCCGGAAUUCCAUAUGUUGGUAAGAGCGGAUGGCCCGACGAUGCCGAACCAGAAUAUGGAUACGCAUGUCUGGAAGUCGGGACGGAAAGCUGCUCGCGCGUUCCUGACAUCUAAUGGCUUGAAGGCCCAUUGGCCCACUCAACAAGCCGAAUUUGCCCAGUUCCUCGUUGACAUUCUGGACAAACCAGAGGAUCUCUUUACUCACCUGAAGCGCACCAUGGUUUCCACCGUGACGACCCUCGUAUAUGGCAAGCGAUUGCCUCAGUACAAAGGCACAGAGGCCGAAACAUACUUCAAAGGGGUCAAGCUUCUAAACGAAGUCAUGGAUCCCACAGCGCAUCCGCCAAUCGACUUGUUCCCUGCACUGAAGUAUGUCCCCGCUCGAUGGGCUUCCUGGAAAGGGCUGUGUGCACGGGCGAAGGCACUGCGCGACGGGCUAUACACCGGACUAUUCACCGAGGUCGAACAGAAAGUAGCGUCCGGAACAGACGUUGGCUCAUACCUUGGGAACAUCCUGCUGAACCUCGACGAACUGGAAAUGAACAUGGACGAAGCGAAAGCAAUGGCGAAGGUAUUGAUGGACGCAGGUGCUGAAACAUCGACUUCGUAUCUGCAGUCAUUCGUUUUGGCUCUCAUCAACUUCCCGGAAUGUCAAAAGAGAGCUCAGAAAGAACUGGAUGCGGUUGUAGGGACCGACCGGCUUCCCACAUUUGAAGACUUCCCCAAUCUACCUUAUGUCAAUGCAUUCAUCAAGGAGGUCCAUCGAUUCCGCCCCGUUGUACCCCUUGGGUUGCCUCACUCUGCUGCGCAAGACGUAAAGUACAAGGGCUACAUCAUUCCCGCUGGGUCGACAAUCCUCACCAACCUGUGUAAGCCCAAUUUGCUCAAUCCUGGCAACUCCUUCGCUCACCCGGAAGACCAUUCCGCAGGGGGUAUUUACCAUGAUCCGCGCUUUUUUACUGAUCCGGAAGAAUUCAUGCCCGAGCGAUUCCUGCAGUCCGAAUUCGGCACUCGAACUGAUAUCAAGGUCGAUACAGAAGGGUUCCGUGAAAAUCUUCCCUUUGGGUCAGGCAGAAGGAUAUGUCCGGGCGCGGAAAUGGCUUCAAAGACGAUUGCCAUCAACGCCAUGAACCUCCUUUGGGCAUUCAGCUUUUCACAGGAUGCCUCAGGUACGGGUGGCAUGGCCAUUGACGCCUACCAAAAGCCCGGGGUGGAGCUGGCAGCACAUCCGUUCAGCUGUGGUGUUGUUGUCCGGGAUGAAAAACGUGCUGCACUAAUGAGAGACUGGCACGCGGACGCGUCGCGGAUGAACGCCCUGGAAAUUCCACAUUAUUUUCCGACAUUUCUGUGGAAGUUCUGGCUGGCCGAUAUAUGCCACGUCUCCCAUGUUCUACGCGACCCAAGGAUCCACGCUUACGAUGUAUACGAGAACGAGCUCACGGAGACCCGCACCAUGCCGGCAUGUGCUAGGUCCGCUUUUGAAGACUUUCGGGACGAUUCAAUGACGAACGAAUGUGCAACAGUGCUUGCUGAAGUGGAAUCAGCCUUCGUGAGGUUAGAGUCGCUGGCGGAGCAAGCGCUGCUGGAGCUCAUGCGCAGUAUCCCAUCACCUACUUCAGAUUCCCCUCGAAGAGCCCAAGUUGUGCUGGAUAGGCAUCAUGUCGAUCAAAUUAGGACGUACUUAGUGUUCCUUCGAUUCAGGAAUAGCCCCAAGUACGCUGAGAUUGCGACGACGAUGUGCCGACCCAAGUCUCAUUCCUUGGGGAACUCUAUCUUCUCGCGUCCGUUCUUCUUGCAGGUUCGCCAACGAGUCAUCCUGGAGGGCAUGCUACAGUUCUUCAAGUCCUGCCCAGGCGUUUCGGCUUGUACGGAACAGACUGAAGCACGAAGGCGACCGACUGUUUUCAAUGACGAGAGGGACGACUUCCACAGAGCUAUGCAGAACUAUUGCUGGAAGUUCAGCGAGGCUGAAGUAUGCAUUGGCCUGGCUUCCGAGAAGCAGGAAUACAUGAUGACGGACAAGUGUUAUGGAACACUGCAUGAGGGAUUCGUCGACGACGAGGCCUCAACCGACCUGUUCUUCUCGAUCUUCCCUACUUUGGCGGUGUACAUUCUCGCCGGCCCAGACCAUGAUCUCGAUGAUAACCCAACGGCAAACAAAGUUGCCAUCGACUACGGCCUCGAGACCCCAUCGGACAUCCAUCUACGCAAUGCGAUGCUCCUGCAAACCUAUCCACAGCGGCUGUACUUCUGCACCCUUCUUUCUGUCACGCAAUCCAUUUCGUCGUACGACGAGUUUCGCUGGAUUCCCGAGCACCAGGAUUACAGCCGUCUGAAGCAGCGAUGCCGGCAGAAACAUACCAUCGAAGGAGUGAAGAAGACACUGCUCGUGAAGGGGAGGGUGGUCAUAACCGACCUCACAGACGAGGUGGUCAAAUCAGGCAGGGAGCCGCUAUAUCAUGGCUCGUUCUCAGAUGUCUGGAAGGGUACAUGGGAUGAUACUGCGUCCGAGCAGCGUCGAGUUGUUGCACUGAAGUUCUUGCGUCAAGUAAUGGUCCAGAACGUUAGGGAGAAACUACUCAAGCGUUUGCAAGACGAAGUUGUGGCGUGGUACCGGCUCGAUCAUGCAAAUAUACUCCCAUUGUUCGGGAUCGUUCAGAGCCCCAACACCGUCGGAAUGGUGUCUCCCUGGUGUGAGAACGGGACUAUGGCGCACUAUAUUCGGCGAAACCCCAACGUCGAUCGUCUCAACUUGCUAGCGCAGGUAGCCUCAGGCGUGGCCUAUCUCCACAGCUUCAGCCCGGCAGUCAUCCACGGGGACCUCAAAGGGGGAAAUAUUCUCAUUGGGGACGAUGGUCAGCCUUUGAUCACAGAUUUCGGCCUCUCGAAGGUCGUUGAAGAUCUGAGCGACUCGCUACACCUAGGGACGUCUUUCUUCGCGGGAUCGACGCGAUGGAUGGCUCCCGAGUUGGUGUUUACUUUGGUGGAGGACGAUGGGAGACCCCCGGUAGUGACUACGCAGAGUGAUGUGUACUCGUUCGCUUCCGUUUGCUUUGAGGUCAUGGCCGGGAAGCUGCCGUUCUGCCAUAGAUCAAACGAUCACGCGGUCUUGGUCGACAUCCUCCGCGGGGUGCCACCAUCUCUCGGCAUCUCGACAUUUUCGAGCGUCAAGCCUGCUGCUGAACCCGGACUGUGGAGCCUUCUUAACAGAUGCUGGGAUCAGGAUCCAUCUCGGCGCCCAAGUAUGCACGAGGCAGCCUCGACGCUGCGAACUCUAGACAACUUGUGA